CGGCGACAAGAAGAAGCGGUGGUUCGAUAGAGAGAUAGCAAAUCGUUAUUUGGAGCCUCGAAGCGAAUUUCGAUAACCUCGCCUCCUUCGAUUCUAGGGUUUCGUGAUCUGAUUUUGCUCGGGAGACUGCUUGAGUUUCUCGUCUUUUCUGUUAUCCCUAGACACGAAUCAAUAUAAGGAAUUGUGAGCUUGGCUUCCUGAUCUGGCGACAAUCUGAAUUGCUAAACCCUAAUAUUAAAGUGACUAACUUUCAUUCCAAUUUAAUUUCCUGAAGGUGUUAAACUCUAUGGGUGAGUCUGUUGGAUCAAGCAGCUCAUGGGCUGCAAUCAGUUCUUCCAACAUUGGGUUUCAGCUCCUAAAGAAGCAAGGUUGGAAGGAAGGCACUGGUCUUGGAGUCGCUGAACAGGGUAUAUUGGUGCCAGUACAAACAGAGCCGAAAAAUAACAAACGAGGACUGGGAGCUGUUGUAGUUGAAAAACCAACCAAGAGAAAAGCCGUGAAAGCUACAGAUUCUGGAAAGGAGGAAAAAGUCUCUAAGCAAUCGAAGAAACUUUCAAAGAAAAUGCGGAAGUUGAUGGAGCACGAAAAACAAUUACAGGAAAAAGAAUUCGAACGAGCCUUCUUCAGGGAGUUCUGGCCUGAUAAUGUAUAAGAUUGAUGCUCAAAAAUUGUAUAUGCUUAGUAGUCUUAGAACUCAGCUUUUGAGACUGUUCCUUAAUCUACUCUUUUGAGUUCCAACAGCCCACAAACAAAACCAAAAAUUAUUUUUUUUACAUUUUUAAUAUGAUAAAAGAAAAGAGAAUGAAAUUAUGUAUAGACAAAGGAAAGAAAAUGGUUUCCUUGCAAA